GGAGUAGAGGUCUGGGUUGCAUAGGAGCUCCGGGAGACGAAACUCGCGGGCCUGGAAGAAGGAGAUCCUCCGGCAGGUCAGGGAGCCUGGAUUCGUAGGGAAUGGCCCCUGGGAGCAGCCAAGGCCCAGCGCAGGAGACAGUGACCUUUAAGGAUGUGGCUGUGGACUUCACCCAGGAGGAGUGGGGCCUCUUGGACCAUCCUCAGAAGGAGUUGUACAAGGAGGUCAUGGUGGAGAAUGCCCGGAACCUGCUCUCCCUGGGACUUCCAGCUCCCAGAGAAGAUGUGGUCUCCUAUUUUGAGCAAAGGGAAGCACCAUGGAUGCUGGAGCAAGAAGGCCCAAGGAGCCUGUGUCCAGGUGAGUGAGGUGAAAGCAGGUAUGUGAGAGCUGUGUGAUUAUGAGACUGCUCUUUGUUGUGGUGAAGUAAGUGCUAGAUUUGGGGGCAGGAAGGCCUAC